GAAUGAUACGAGGGGUCAGUUGACAAUAAACCGACUGGGCAUUCAAAAUAUCACGACCAACAAAUGGCUUUUGACUAAUGUACAGGAAUCAAGUAUAUACUGAUAGCUAGGCAAGUGGCUUUUCCUGCCUAAAUACACCACAGAAUUUUUCAUAAUCCAAGUUGAAGGCAAUUUUAUCUACGAGUACAGCACCACGGUGACAGCAGCAAAGUUUCCCUGCUAGCAGAGAACAGCAAAGUGAACACGCACUUUUUUUGAAAUCUGGUUUGUUUUCCUUCGUCUGCUUUACUGAAAUCUUUAAAAUAAUGGUUUUAUUCAGACCUCAUAGACUGGUUUUAUCAUCAGCACAUCAAGAGGAAGGCUCCACUUAGUGACUUUACGGUGUUUGAGGUCGAAGUUUUUGCUCAAAAUUAUGAGGGCGAGCUUCACCAGAAGAAGCCAUGCAGUCCGUUGGAGUCAGAUCUGUUGAUUUGAGUCGUGGUCCUGGAGGAUUCGGCUUUACGCUUUCCAGCCAAGGACCAUGUGUACUUAGCUGUAUUCUGGCUAGCAGUCCAGCUCACAAGGCAGGUUUAAGACCAGGUGAUCAGAUUUUAUUUGUUAAUGGCAGUUCGGUGGAGAAAUCCCCGCACGAACAAGUCGUCAAGUUGAUAGCUCGCUCACCGAAUGGUGUAGUGAACCUUGGGGUAAGAAACUGCACUGAUUCUGUUAGCAAACUACCUAUGCCUUCACCAGAAGGCCAUGAAACAUCAGAAGAAGAAAUAGAAAACGAUAAUAUUCUCAACCGAGUGGAUAAAGUUGUUGAGGAACUCAAAUCAGGGAGUCUUUCAAUCAACACACCGUCUUCUUUGCGGCGCGGUGGAUUUGCUAACGUUAGUGAUCAGAUUAUCAAUGAAGACGAAAUAGUUAGCGAUGAAGAGCUUAAGGCAUCAUUCUCAGAAACCCUACGGUCAGAGAGCUCAUCAGAUAGCGUGUUUUUGGAACAAAGUAAUGUUGAUAAUAGACGGUCAAGUGAAGGAGAUGGAUUGCCGGGCCGCGCAGGAACACAAACAUUGAAUCGCCUUUCGUAUCCUGCGCUCACCCCAGCAACACCAAACCAAAGUGAGCAGUCCGAAAUGCCUAACAUUGAGCCGGAUCUUAGGGCAGUGGUUGGUUAUUUAGGCUCCAUUGAAUUACCGGCAAGUUCUUGUUUACAGACGGCUAGUUUAAAUGCUAUUCGGAGCUGUGUGCGGAGAUUACGCGCACAGAAAAAGGUACAUGUGAUGUUCAUGUUGGAAGUGUCGGUGCUGGGGAUUCAGCUUAUUGAUGGCAAUGGAAAAAACAUUGUAACGUAUCCUGUUAAGUCUCUUGCUUUCACUGGGGUUUGUUCUGACGAUGAAAGGGUAUUUGGUAUUGUUACAAGAAAAUCGAGUGAAGGAAAUCGUCCAAACAGCUGGCACAGCACUAAUGACAAAAUGGACAUGGCAAAUACUGUCAAUUGUUCCUGUCAUGUAUUCUCUGUAGAUCCAGAGAUAGCUCCUCACGCAGACCAUGUUCUAAUUGCUCAAAAAUUUCAUAUAAAUUGCACACCCUCCAAUGAGGAUGGUGAGUGUGAGAAGUUUUUAUCAUCGUCAUCAUCCAUAUUGCAGUCAAUCAAUGGGCUUUUCAAAGAAAAAAAUGAUUCUCAAUCUACAGAUGGAAUGGGUACUUUAUUGCAAUCUCAUUCUUCUAGUCAAUCUGAAAGAUCAGACUCUGAGGCAUUGCAGCAAGAGAGGGGGUACCAAGAUACUAUUCUAAACACCCACUCAGGUCAAUUGGACAAUAAUGUGCAACUAGCAAGAAAUGAGUCAGUCAUUAAUGAAUGUGUCAUGGAAACUCCAAAUCACAGAAUACGGGUUAGAGUAACAGAUGGUGGAGAGGCUUCGAGUGAGAAAUCAGGUGAUAAACAAGAACCAUUUAGGCACAGGGUGGCCCCGAUCCAAAAAAACAUUCCAGUUACACAGAAAAAAGGAAAGGAAAAAUACAUUAUAAAUGAAAACCAAAAUUUAAAGAUGCACAAUAUCAGUGAAAGAGAUUGGGAUGGAGAUGUUUUUGCUGAUGAUAACAGGAGCCAUAAAUCAGAUGUCCAGGAUAAUACAUCUUCUUCAGCUGAAGCAUCUCCAGAUUCCCACAUGUCAACCAACUCGAGAGAAAAUGAGAAUGGACAUGACGGCAUUGUUAAAAUGUGUAAUUCUAAAUUUUAUGUUAAUCACAUGACAAGACUGAGCCAUUCUGCUGAGAAUCUGGCACAUUCAGAGUAUGUUCCUUCCAGUCCAUCUAAUCUCAAUGUCAGUGCAAGUGUUUGUUCCAGUACCCAGAGUAUCCACAGCCUUAGUAGCAUGCCUGGUGAUACUUCUGGCAUUGAUGGACGUGUGGCUUGCUGGGCUCUUGGUUUUGACAAACUUAUGGAAGAUCCUGUUGGUCUAAAGUGCUUUGAGGAAUUCCUGAAGAAAGAGUUUAGUGAGGAAAACAUUGUAUUUUGGAUGGCAUGUGAAGACUUCAGGAACAUCACCAAUGAGAAGGAGCAAAAAAGCACGGCAAUCAGCAUAUUUGAUGCUCAUUUGAGUUCUAAUGCAACAAUGCCUGUAAAUAUUGAUAGUUCUGCUGUUAAACUUGCUGAGGAGCAUUUAGCCAACCCUACCAAUGAUAUGUACAGACUGCAACAACAACAGGUAUAUACCCUGAUGAAGUUUGACAGCUAUCCAAGAUUCCUCAAAUCAGACUUGUACAGAAAAUGUUUAGUAUCAGAAAUGGAGGGAUCACCACUACCUUUCGAUGAUGGGAAACCUGAUAAAGGAAAACUUCUUAAAAAGGCCAACUGUCUGUACUUGUCGUCAGAAGAAUCAGAAUGUUCGAGUAUUAGCAGUCGAGGCAGCUACACUUUUGAGACCAAGUAUUUUAUCCAAAUUCAGCGUUCAACACGUGGUUGGGGAAGACGAAGCUCCAAGAAAAGUACAAGCUCGUACGACGAGAACAGAACGCCAGGAGAAAAGAAGAAGUCCUUCUUACCCUGGAAAGGCAAACAAGCUAAGAAAGGAGCCAAUCGCCCAUUCGACAGCCAACCCAGCAGCGCUCGAAGUUCUUUAUCAUCGUUAUCAGAUUCAUUUCCAAGCAUGAGCUAUUCCACCGAGUCCCUGGAAGGUCGGCGAGAGAGUGAGGUGUUCCAGUUUUGUCGUAUCGUGUUACCAGAUCACUCGUCUACCAUCGUCACAGGCAAACAAGGACAAACGCUGCGUCAAACCCUAAUGCAGCUGUGUGAACGAAGACACAUGUCUUUCGUUAGUACAGACGUGUUUAUUGGUGGAGCAGACAAGCCGGCAUUGCUCAAAGAAGUGGAUGUAGACAUACAAUCCAUGGCGGGCAAAGAAGUCAUACUGGAACAUAGAUCUUUAUUCAGACUUGAGAUGUCACCAGGCAAUUUUCUGAUAGUCAAAUCAAAGCCAGAUGAAUCUUUGCGCAUGUGCCUGGAACCCAUCCUGAAUCGAAAUGGUUUGAACUAUUCUAGUGUUUCUGUUCACUUGGUGGAUUGUGAAGUACCCUUGGACAGCGGUGUACCUAUAGCAUCUAUAGAACAUCAGUGGGUUGUAGUAGACAAAAUAGAUCCCUUAUCAGGUAACAACAAUGGCCCACCUAAAAUUAACAUCAAACCUCCAGUUGGAUUCAGUUCGCCUCGUCGCGGCAGCAGGCGAGGCAGCAGCUGGGAUGAUACCAUAUUUGAUGAUAUCAUGCGAGGCAAAAAACAGUCGCUAGGUGACGGUUACUUUGACGACGCAAAUGUAUGGGUUCCCGGAUUGAAGCCUUUUCGAAGCCAUGAGUCUUUGAACGACGAUAGUUUUGGUAGAARCUUUCUACGAGGACCUGGUUUGUUCAGCAGAAAACGAAAAGAAUCUAACGAUAAGGAGAGAUCUUCGGUUAAAGCAGGAAAACCUACCUCCAAGAGUAAUACAGAAGUUACAGAGUUGUUAGAUCUUCUAAGUCGAGCGCAAGGCAAGAGAAUGGACGACCAACGUGGAGCACUAGGAAAAGAAAACUUUGAAUUACCAGACUUCUUGAGGAUUCCUGUAAUAAAUCGAGAGAUAAAUCAAGAUAUAAUAGACGAAAAUGACUCCUCAGCUCCCCCUCCCCCUCCCCCACNUCAUCAUCAUCAUCCAUCGCCACCCCCACCCCCACCACCACCGCCGCCACCACCGCCUGUCAUGGAAGUGCGCUCACAUCAAAAGACAGAAAGCUUGAAAUUAAGAAAAGAAGAAAGACCUGUGAUUAGAAAAACAUUAUCGACUCCAGCAGGCAUGCAGGGGCAAGUAGACUUAAUGGAAGAACUAGCAGAAAAACUACGAAGACGAUCCAUGUCUGAAGCUGCUUCCAUCCCGGAAAACCAUCAGGCUGAGAAUGAUGAAGAAGGCAGCCCUACUAGGAGUCAAUCUUACUCUCCUUGGGAACGACAAGAACAUCAUAGGAGAAUUAACGUAGUUCGACCAAGAGCUGUUACUGAUGGUGCUGUUUUCAAGGUAGAGGCCGUCACGCCAGUACGUCUAGAUGGUACUACCUCUCUUAGUCACGUAAGACAACAGAAACUUCGCGUGACACAUUCUGAGAGUAUGCCUGAUACGCUACCUACACGCACCAGUAAUACCCAGCCAAUAACUGUAAAUACUAAACGUGGAUUACACACAUCCACGGGGAAUAUUAAAGGCCGUAUAGAUGAACACACCCAUCAUGACAAGAAUGCGGUUAAAGUCACUCAGGGGGUCCCGGUACAAAAAUACCACACCUAUUCUUCUAAACAGAGGACAGUUUCUUUAUCGAGUGCUCCUGAUCAUCCUUCUAAUGUACCUUACGUGCUCGAAGCAAGUCCUGUGACAGGGAAAAGGUCGAGUAGGGUACGUCAUGUAAGUGAUACUGAUGCUGGUAGUAAAGGGAACAUAUCAUCUCYAUUCCGUUUCCCUCAAGCUAACGCUAAGAAAGCAGAGGUGUAUAUACCUUCAUCUGCAGCCAUCUGUGCCAAACCUUAUCGGGUUGUUUCGAGUUGCUCGGAUACCAAACCACGCCCUAAACCCAUCACGGUCUCACAGGAGCUAAUGGCAGGACUUGAGGAUGACAAGAAUUCAAAGGCUGACAAUGAAUCCAUUCCUGAACAAGUUACUUCAACACCUUCUACUGAAGGAUUGAAAGUGUUAUCUUCUGUGGAAAGACUACCAUCUCCUGUGCAGGGUACUGACAGGACUACCAAUAGUCCCCUACCCCUCCCCCCUUCUCCUUUACCUGAGCAAAUGGAUGAGUUAGAUGUGGCUGACUUUCCUCCUCCUACUCCACUUUGUGAAUUUGAGUCAUCGACUGUCACACCCUCCCCGGACCAAAGCAUGAAUAAAACCAUUACUCCAUCUACUAAUGACAGAACAUUUGUAGCCGAACCGACCAAUCAGGGGACGCCAUUAGCGGCACCUAAAGUAUUUAGAGACAAUGUUUUACAGAAACGUAAUUCCAGGCUUCUUGAAGACUCGCUGGAUAGUUCGAGGAAGCCUGGGAAGGAAAUUCCCAAACUCGAUCCGUACGUGACCUACGAGACCGAAGACUUGAGAAUCACUUUUGUUUAGUAAGAAUAACAGAGUCCCUGAAUUGAAUCCGCUGUCUCAAAGAGGACAAGUCAGUUACAUCUUUGAGUUUGUUUUGCACUGAAAUUAUCAAGUUGAACAAGCACUCUAAAAGAAUUUUAGCUUAUUUCAAAUUGAUUUUGCAAUUGCUGCAUUUAAUUGUAUUUUCCAAAAACAGUUUUAUUUUUUUGAUCUUACAUAGAAAUUUUAAAUUAUUCAUUGAAUAUCAUUCCAAUAUUUAGCAUGCUUGAAAAUAUAUAUUGUAAUGUUGACAUAAUUAUAUGACUUAUUGCAGAGAAUCAAAGAUAAAACUGCAGGAAGUUGGUUGUGA